AUGUCCUCGAAAGAUUUUCUGGUGGCUCCCAAGGCUCCACCGACUCCCAAUAUUCCUGCUUCGUCUUUUACCGUUUCUGUUUCAGUCAUUGACAGCACAACUCGCCUGGACCUGCCUAUAUCCAUGCUCCUCCAGCCCCAUAUAGAAGGCCAUGACCGCUUGAUAUGCCCGUCCUUCUCAUUCUUAGUCCAACACCCGGAAGGCAAGAAUGUUCUCUUUGACCUCGGCAUGCGCAAAGACUGGGAAGAUCUUGCGCCGCGCAUUGUUAAACGUAUCCAAACGGAAGACUGGAAUGUCAAAGCCGACAAGAAUAUCGCCGACAUCCUCCAAGAAAAAGGCUUCAAAUUAGAAGACAUCAGCGCAAUCAUCUGGAGCCACCACCAUUGGGACCAUACCGGCGACCCCUCCACCUUCCCUCCCAGCACCGACCUGAUCGUCGGCCCGGGCUUCAAGGAGGCUCAGACGCCCGCGUACCCUCAGAACCCCGAGUCCGGCAUCAAAGAGGCUGACUGGGAAGGCCGCGCCCUCCACGAACUCUCCUUCUCCGACUCCGAUCUCAGAAUUGGCCGCUUCGACGCCCUCGACUACUUCAACGACGGCAGUUUCUACCUGCUCCACACGCCUGGCCACGCCGUGGGCCACCUGAGCGGCCUCGCGCGGGUGACCACCGGCCCGAAAGACACGUUCAUCUUCAUGGGCGGCGAUAUCUGCCACCACGCCGGCGAGUUCCGGCCCACCCCCUCCCUCCCGCUCCCCGCAGCCCUCUCGCCCUCCCCCGUCUCGGGCUUCGGUUCCAUUUGCCCCGGUGCGCUCUUCCAGAGCAUCCACCCGCGCAAGAGCGCCAUGGAGCCGUUCUACGAGACGGCGGAGGGCAUGGCGCAGGAUGCAGAGAAGGCGGAGUGGAGCGUGCAGGGUGUCGAAGAGUUUGAUGCUGCGGAGGAGGUACUGGUUGUUAUGGCGCAUGAUGAGAGUUUGAGGGAGUGCUUGAGGUUCUGGCCGGAAGUGGCGAAUGGGUGGUUUGAGGAGGGGGUCGGGAAGAGGGGGAGGUGGGCGUUUCUAAGGGAUUUUGGGGAUGCGGUUGAGGGGUUGGGGGUUGAGAUGGAGGAGAAGUUGUAG